GCCGACUGGACUCACUGGAGGGCUGCGAGCGCGAUCGCGCGCGGCUGCCCCUCGAAAUCUUUAGCUUUCCCAUGCCACAGUUAUUGACAUGCGCUCGACCUACCCGAUUGCAUCCUGCUCAGAUUUGUUCGUCAAUCACGCUCCGCCAAGAUGAAUCUCUUAUUAUCCGACGAUUACCUCUUGCAGGAUUACCCCGAGACCAUCACGAAUUGGAUUCGGUCAGGGCGCACCACAAUGAUCCGUUUCGACUACAAGGGCGACUUUCUGGCGAGCGGACGAGCUGAUGGCGUCGUUGUCAUCUGGGAUAUGGAAACGAUGGGCGUCGCGCGCAAGCUGAGGGGCCACAAGGCGGUCAUCACCUUCCUCUGCUGGUCGCGCUGCGGCAGGUACCUGUUCUCGACCUGUCAAGGGUGGAAAGGGAUACUCUGGGACCUUGAGGAUGGCAGCCGGCUACGAGAGAUCCGUUUCGAAGCGCCUGUAUACAUGGGUAUGCUCCAUCCGUGGAAUCAUUUCCAGGUCGUGGUGGCGCUCUUUGCCAAACAGCCUUGCCUUGUCGACAUGACCGAUGGCGUCGAUACGAAAUAUACCCUGUCGUCCGCGCCAAAACGGCCAGAAGGAAAGUUGACCGAGAAAGAGAUAAAGGCCGACGCCGACGAAACCACGACCUCGGCGAUAUGGACGUUGAAUGGCGACCAUAUCCUAGCGGGCACCGUCAGAGGCUGGAUCAACAUCAUAGACGCAUCAUCUCGUGAAGUGAUCUACUCCGAAAAAGUCUGCUCAGGCGCCGUCACAUCUAUGCGUCUCACAAGCUCGGGGCGUGAGCUGCUGAUCAAUUCACAAGACCGUGUGAUUCGCACAUUCCGCGUUCCCGACCUGUCUGCAGAGAACCUCGACCUCGAUACGAUACAAUUCGCGCUCGAACACAAAUUCCAAGACGUCGUCAACAAGCUUGCGUGGAAUAACGUCACGUUCAGCGCUACGGGGGAGUACGUGGCCGCCUCUGCAUACAACAACCACGAGCUCUACGUGUGGGAGAGGAAUCGCGGCAGUCUAGUGUGCAUGCUCAAGGACCCAAAGGAAGAACAAGGCGUGAUUGAGUGGCAUCCGUCAAAACCAGUCGUCGUGGUGUGCGGCAUGGAGACGGGACGCAUAUACAUCUGGUCGGUCGUCAGCCCGCAAAAGUGGUCUGCGCUGGCGCCAGACUUUGCCGAGGUGGAAGAAAAUGUCGAGUACAUUGAGCGGGAGGACGAGUUCGACAUUUACAACCAGGAGGAGAUUCACCGACGGAGAUUGGAUGCGGAAGACGAGGAGGUGGAUGUCAUGACACCGGAUCCAGCCUCGAAAGCCAUGUAUAACGGCGACAGCUUUCGGAUGCCGGUCCUCUUCGACGUGGGCAAGAGUGACAGCGAGGAGGAGUUUAUCGAGGUGUCUACUGGCACCAUGCGGCGUCGCAGUCCGGGCGAUGGGCAAGAUGAUGACGACGAUGGAGGCACUGUUAAGAAGGCCACAGGCAAGGGGGGUCGCAGGCGGAAGGUGUAGUGCGCGCCUGUGAAUAACGACGUUAUGAUGGAUGGUUUAAAUGACAAUUUUUUGGCUACUGAACCAUGCUUGAUCGAAGCUGUGAUGCAGAAGCGCAUCUCUAAAUCGAGCAAGGAGACCGUCUGCAUGACAUAUAUUCUCUUUCCCACUUUUUCCUGAGAUAUAGACUUGGUGAGGAAGAUAGCUUCGCGUGUUAUUGUGUCAUUGUGUCAUUGUAUCAUUGUGGCAUUGUAGUAUUGUUGUGUCUACUAAGAAGUACAGUACUUACUAAUAUAAUAGUUAUACGCAUCGUACGAAUCACAGCCUCUGUAAGGUGUAUAGUAGGCAGGAAGGCCUCCUUGUAUCUACGUAAUAGGCCCAUUACUAGUGAGGAUUAUGUAUCGAAUUUAUAUCACGAGGAGUAAUUAUCAAA